UUUUGUAGCAUAAUUCCGUUUAAUCUGGAGAUUUUUCGGGGAAACAACCAAAAUCCUGAACUAAUAUAUUUUUCUGUGGAGCCGCAGUGACUGUCAGAGGAAAAACUGAGACAUUAAAGUUUUUUUAUCCUGUUUUGUUUGACAGAUGUUUCACAUGCUUUGGUUUUUAAGUCUCAUUCAUGUAAUAAAAAUCCUUCCUCUCUGUUUGAAUCCAUCGUUGCCUCUCCAGCCAAUCAUGGUUUCUGUUGCCACGUAACGGGCUAAAGUUGGAGUAUAAAAAGCUGCGCGCUAAUAAAUUAUGACGCCCGUCAGCGCGGCUCAUUUUCCCACGCAGCUCCGAGGCGCAUCACGUCGCAGCGGAUCUUGUCCUUCUGGUUCACCUGAAGCCGAGCAGCAGAGACCAUGCACCUGUCCCGGACUGCGCUGUGCCUCAGCCUGCUGGCUGUUCUGGGUCCCGUGGUUCUGAGCGAGCCGGACCCGCAGCCGGCCGCCGCCACCAGCCCCACGGACACGGAGCAGUGCCUCACCUGCGAGGUGCGGCAGCACAUCAAGACCAUGCGGAUCAACGCCAUCAAGUCGCAGAUUCUGAGCAAACUGCGCAUGAAGGAGGCGCCCAACAUCAGCCGGGACGCGGUGCAGCUGCUGCUGCCCAAGGCGCCGCCGCUGCAGCAGCUGCUGGACCAGUACGACGUGCUGGGAGACGACAGCCGGGAUCCGGUACCGGAGGAGGACGACGAGCACGCGACCACCGAGACCCUGAUGAUCAUGGCCACUGAACCCGACCCGGCGGUCCAGGAGGACGGGGAACCGACGUGCUGCUUCUUCUCCUUCACGCAGAAGCUGCAGGCCACGCGGAUCGUGCGCGCGCAGCUGUGGGUGCACAUGCGCCCGGCGGCCGAGGCGACCACCGUGUUCCUGCAGAUCUCCCGCCUCAUGCCGGCCACGGACGGCGGCAGGAGGCACGUCCGGAUCCGCUCCCUGAAGAUCGACGUGAAGGCCGGGGUCAGCUCGUGGCAGAGCAUCGACGUGAAGCAGGUGGUGGCGGUGUGGCUGCGGCAGCCGGAGACCAACUGGGGCAUCGAGAUCAGGGCCUUCGACUCGCGGGGGAACGACCUGGCGGUGACCGCGGUGCAGGCCGGGGAGGACGGGCUGCAACCGUUCAUGGAGGUGAAGGUGUCUGAGGGCCCCCGUCGGGCCCGGAGAGACUCGGGUCUGGACUGCGAUGAGAACUCGCUGGAGUCCCGCUGCUGCCGCUACCCGCUCACCGUGGACUUCGAGGACUUUGGCUGGGACUGGAUUAUCGCCCCAAAGCGCUACAAGGCUAACUACUGCUCCGGGGAGUGCGAGUACAUGCACCUGCAGAAGUACCCGCACACCCACCUGGUGAACCAGGCCAUCCCCCGGGGGUCCGCGGGCCCCUGCUGCACCCCCACUAAGAUGUCCCCCAUCAACAUGCUCUACUUCAACGACAAGGAGCAGAUCAUCUACGGUAAGAUCCCGUCCAUGGUGGUGGACCGCUGCGGCUGCUCCUGAGCGCGGGGCGCCGCGCCUCAACCCUUCAGACUCCAGACCGAUCCGAUGCUUUCCUGCAGCCACCUGAGGCCACAAGCAGCCCGGCCCCCUGCAGGGCGGCGCUUUCACCACCAGCAUACUGUAGCUUUCUUUCUUCCAGUGAAACUUUAGCCGCCCGGCUCGAAGCCAGACGGGCGCCAGAACAGAACAACGCCUGAUGGACCGUGAAGUGAAUGUAGCAAGAAAUGAUCCAAGUUAAACCAAAAACAUUUGUUCCCCCCCAAAGUUCCUGUCUCUCUUUUCUGUAUGAGGAAUAAAGUUACAAUAAUUUGGGUUAAUUAACCUGACAGAGAAAAACAUGGAGCUUCAUUUUUCAGUCCUAUUUUUUUCAUGAUACUCAUGAAUGUCAGUUUCAAACCAAGCAUUUAGUUUGAGUCUAACUAUUUAGUUAACAAGCUAAAUUUAGCUCCACAAGUAUUCAGUGAGCAAGAUAACUAUUUAGCUCCAAACUAAACAUACAGCUCUGCGCUAGCUACCAAGCUAACUGAAUAUUUAGUUUGAAACUUUGACAUUUACGUAUGAAUGAAUAGUGAAAAUGUGAGUGUGAAAAAUGAACCCUCAUGUUUUUCUCUGAUCUCAAAUAACUCAGAUUAUUGCUGUUAAUUUUUGACCGUAACCUUAAAAGCCUGGACAGACCAACACGCGUUUCGACGCUUUGCUGCGUUUGUGAAAACCAGUUUAAUCGUCUCUGACGUUUGGAGACCCGUUGGAGUCACAUUUCACCCCAGCUGAGCCGCCAACAAUGAAACGUCCAGAACAGUAACAGACCGUCUGGUUAGCAGCAUUCCCCCGUUAGUCGACUAAUAUUCAGCUAAACUCUCCCCAGCAUGGCGGUUUGACUGGAGCAGAACCAGUUUUGGGUGAACCCAGCUGAGCGGUUCUGAUUGUAGCGUCGGCCCUGAACUGGAGGCGCAGUGAACCCGAGAUGUGAGUGACCCAGUUUGCACUAUGGACACCAACAGGACGAGUUGGUGGCUACAAAGAGUUGUAAAAACUGAUUUUGAUAUGUUUGGUUAUUUGUAUUGUGUGCAGUUGUUUCCACUGAUGGUGUGUAUAAAAACCACAAUGUAGCAAAUAAAACAUGUUAUACAGAAACUCCAUAUGUACUUGUUUCAACAAAUAAAGUCUGUAGCUUGUUUGUUGA